AGGAUUAUAUAGACGUUUGAUAAAGGAAUGGAGGACAGUGGUUUCUUGCGUGGUUACACAAUACCCACAAUACAAAGGAGAAAUGCAAAUGGUACUACCCACAUGGCACCAAGCACGCAUUAUAGCGAUUACAACGGGGAUUAUAUUUCUGCACAAGUCGCUGAAACCGAUAGAAACGUAAUAUCAAAUCGUUUUAUACCACCAGGAAAGCAUGAUACAAAUUAUAUACCACCCAAAGUUCAAAAACGAAAAUAUGCAUCUGGGCCAGGCGUUAAGGAACAAAGUACAGCUAUAUUUGUAGGUCGCGACGUAUCUUAUCCUGAAGAAUUGAACGCAAUCAUACAACCUUUAAGAUGUGAUCUAUGCAAAACUAGUAUGAAUUCUUUACAAAACGCUAAAGAUCAUUAUGAAUCCAAGGCACAUGAUCGGAAUAUUACGAAUUGGCUAACUAGAAAUUAUGUAGAAAAAAAUCUUGAACCGCCAGAAGUGAAGCGCUUUUAUAAAAGAGGACCUGCUGGACCAGAAGCAUUUCAUUGCGAUGCUUGUGAUCUUAAAUUAACUUCGUUAACACAUGCCAAUCAGCAUUAUGCGGGUCGUAAACAUCGUUUAGUUAUUAGUAAUAUAUCGAAACCAUCUGGGGCGGGUUUUUACAAUGCCGAAGGUAAAUGGGUACGAACUGCUACAAAGGUGAGCGGUCAAAUUAUUAGUCAAGAUGGACGUUUCGGCAUAGGAGAGUCAUUUAGCUCAGAACUCGUAACACAAAAUGCAUCAGAAACAAAAACAGAAACAGAAAAUUUGGAGCUAAAAAUAAAAGAUUUUACAAACCUAGAAGCACCUUUAUCUGUUUCAAGAGAUGCAAAUCAAUAUUGUGAAAUUUGUAAAAUCAAUGUAACUUCGCAUGCUCAAAUGGUCCAGCAUUUGGAGGGUCUUAAGCAUCGAAAGAAGUUAAAUAUUAUAAAUGGUACUGAAAAUGAAACGAAGGAAAUUACGAAUAAUGCCAACACAAUAUUAACACACAUAAAUGACAAAGAAGAUUCAACCACAGAUUAUUCUAUGUACCGUACUCCAUCCGGUUCAUACUAUUGCCAGACAUGUAACAUAAUAAUGAGUCACACUUCUGCUCUGCAGCAACAUUUAGAGGGAAAAAAACACAUUAAGAAAUCAGCAGAGGAAAACUUAAAGGUUAAACCUGAAUAGCUUUGCUUAACACUCUUUUAAGAAGUUGAGGGAAAUACUUAAAUUUUAAAUUAUUUAUUUUAUUAUUAAGACUCAUAAGUUUAUAAUUAAUUAAAU